GUAAAAAAUGGGGAGUGUGUAUGCAAGCGUAUAGGCAACAGAAUAGUUAGUAUUGCCUAAAUGUUUCUAAAAUAAUGGUUCAAUUACAACUAUCAAAGGUGAAGACUAUGUUUAACUAAUAACACAUAUUUUUUGGUAAAUGGAUUCUUAAAAAAAUGUAAUAAUAGGAGUUAAACUUAAAAAUUAAAAUCUUAUACGCUUUAAAUAUCUAUAUUAAGAGCCCAAAAGUUAUCGGUAGCCGUAAGAAGAUAUUAUAUAUUUUAAAGAAAAAGUAAUUAAAGUUUAAAGAGUAGAAUUAAUUCCUUAACCAUAAAUAAAAGAGGAAGGGUAUUUGAAUAAAUUUAUCAGCCAUUAUAAAAAUUAGUCUGACCCAGAAUAACUAAUAAACAUAUUUGUUUGUGAUGGAGAAAUUUAAGAUUACUCAAAAGAUUUAGAUCUUAAUGAUAGCCGUGAAGGUAAUUAUAAAGUUUGUUACCAAAAUUACUUGAAUGAAAAUGAGGUUAUAUUUGAAAGAUAAGAUAAAAUGGACUAUUAAAGUUUUGACUUUAAAAAAAAUGGUGUAAAAACAGAUACUAGACAAUUUCUUUAUAAAUAUGGAAUUAAAUUAAAGAAUCCACUUGAGAAUAAAGAUGAAAUUCUUAAAUUAUGCAAAAAGUAUAACAAAUCUGUUGUUAAAUUUCUAGAAACAGAAAAAUUAUGA